AGUCAGGCUGUGUGGAUCCAAUCCUCACUCGUCCCUCCCUCCCUGAGUGCAGUGGUCGAGUGUUUUACUUGGUGUUUUGCAAUUGCAUUCACAAAAACGAAACUAAGUUGAGUUCGUGUUCAAAUAUAAGAGUGAAUCUGCAGAGUAGAAAAUUAAUUAAAGUCAAAAUGGACAAGUAUGAGGUGGUGAAGGAUUUGGGAGCUGGUAAUUUCGGAGUCGCCAGGCUUUUGCGUCAUAAGGACACCAAGGAGCUCGUCGCUAUGAAAUACAUCGAGCGAGGCCACAAGAUAGAUGAGAAUGUGGCGAGAGAGAUCAUAAACCACAGAUCGCUUCGUCAUCCCAACAUCAUCCGCUUCAAGGAGGUGGUAUUAACUCCGACGCAUCUGGCAAUAGUAAUGGAGUACGCUGCUGGCGGAGAACUCUUUGACCGAAUCUGCAAUGCCGGCAGAUUCAGUGAAGACGAGGCUAGAUAUUUCUUUCAGCAGCUUAUUUCUGGAGUCAAUUAUUGCCAUUCCAUGCAAAUAUGCCAUAGAGAUCUGAAGCUGGAAAACACGCUUUUAGAUGGUAGCCCUGCUCCGCGCUUGAAAAUAUGUGAUUUUGGCUACUCCAAGUCAUCUUUGCUGCAUUCAAGACCCAAGUCAACGGUUGGUACUCCGGCGUACAUUGCACCGGAGGUUUUGUCUCGGCGAGAGUAUGAUGGCAAAUUGGCUGAUGUUUGGUCAUGUGGAGUGACUCUCUAUGUGAUGCUGGUUGGUGCCUACCCUUUUGAAGACCAAGAUGAUCCCAAGAAUUUCAGAAAAACUAUUCAGCGAAUAAUGGCUGUUCAGUACAAAAUCCCCGACUAUGUUCACAUAUCUCAAGACUGUAGGCAUCUACUUUCUCGCUUAUUUCUUGCAAGCCCAUCCAGAAGAAUUUCAAUCAAAGAAAUCAAGAACCACCCAUGGUUUUUAAAGAAUUUGCCAAGGGAACUAACAGAUUCAGCUCAAGCCAUCUAUUACCAGAGGGAAAAUCCGAGCUUUUCUCUCCAAAGCGUGGAUGAGAUCAUGAAGAUAGUUGGGGAGGCAAGAACCCCACCUCCAGUUUCGAAAUCUGUCCGGGGCUUUGGUUGGGGAACAGAAGAAGAUGAGGAUGACAAAGAUAUAGAUGAAGAAGUCGAAGAAGAAGAAGACGAGGAGGACGAGUACGACAAAAGGGUCAAAGAGGUUCAUGCAAGUGGAGAAUUCCAAAUAAGUUAGUCUGCAUCUUUCAUGUCGAGUUAUUUUUAUGUAUUUACAGUCUCAAUGCCAUAAUAGCAAGUUAUAUCACUUAUUUGUGUCUGUGAUUCGGACAAAUAAUAAUUGGUAUAAAAAUGUCUGCAAUGCUGUGACCCCGCACUUCCCUGUGCAUGUAUUUCGCUAUUUAUCUAACUCAGUUUAGAGGGCUGUUGUCUUUAUGAAAACUAAAUGUUGUCUAUAGUACGGCAUAUAAAAUUCUCUAAUUUGGUUUUAGUCAACCCGGAAAUGUAGAAAAAGAAAGUUGUGACUGACAUGUGUAAACAAACAAAAUAAUCCUAUCGUUAU